AUGUCGCCCAACCAACACCACGCCUGGCUCCCUCCAGGGCAUCUCCGUCCCCCCGACAACCAGCACAACUCCGGCUCCUCUUUCAAUGGCCUGUCGAAUGGUCCGUCGCGCCCCCACACGCCCCAAGUAGCUUCCCGUGCGCCAGCGGAGAGUUCCCAGGGCGGAAACCCGGUAUUAGACCCUGAUGUCGCUCCGGAAGAAGACCCCCGCGUCACCGCCUUUAGAGAAAGCUAUAAACGAACGGAAUCAAGGAUAAAUACGCUAUUUGGUAAUAAAACUUCAGAAGACGCACCUCAAAACGAUGCCGAGCCUACGUCGGGUCCUGCGGAAGCCGCUGCCCUUGAGCCCCAAGCAGCUGCCGCUCCAGCACCUCCACGGCGUCCUGCUAGGCGACUGGAUGAGGAUGACUACGACGAAUACGACGAUGAAGAGGAAAACAGGUCUAGCCCUCAUGCUCCUCCAUCCCCGAAAUCCAAAUCCACACCUUCGAUCACGGAAAUAAAACUCGAACCUUCUCCUCCCCCGAAACCCGGCAUUCCCCUAAGCUCUGAAAACCAAAAGGAUUCCAAAAAGGACUCUCUAGAAGAUAUCAGAAAAAAGUUAGAGCAGGAUAAAAAGGAGACUGAAGAAGCUGCCAAAAGAAGCUUUCGUACGAUAUUCUACACUUUGGAGAAUGAUCGUGAUGCGAUGCUAGACCAACAGCGGCUGGAGGAAUCAGAGAGACAAGUCGAGGCUGAAAUGAGUGGUCAAUCUGGAAACGAUAACACCUCCGCAAAUGGGCAACCAGCAUAUGGUUCGCUGAGCAGUGCCAACCUCGGAGCAUCGAGUUUGACUCUGAAGAAUCUCAUCGCCCGGAUCGAUAUGAAGCGUAGUGAAGUUCAAGCUUCAGAUGCCGAGCUUCGAAGUUUAAUGAGCGAAGUCAGGAAGAAUCGCAGUAAAUGGGCAAGCGAAGAGAAAAUCGGCCAAGAAGAACUCUAUGAAGCUGCGGAAAAGGUACUAAGCGAGCUUAAAGCCAUGACUGAACACUCCAGCGCCUUUCUCACCCGAGUCAAUAAAAGAGACGCCCCAGAUUAUCAUAACAUCAUCAAACGCCCAAUGGAUCUUGGGUCGAUGACCAAAAAGCUGAAAGCCCUUCAGUAUAAAUCGAAGCAGGAGUUUGUAGACGAUCUUAACCUGAUUUGGGCCAAUUGUUUGAAGUACAACACUAACCCUGAGCAUUUUCUCCGAAAACAUGCCCUGUAUAUGAGAAAAGAAACAGAGAAACUGGUGCCUUUGAUACCGGAAAUUGUCAUUAGGGAUCGUGCCGAGGUCGAAGCCGAAGAGCGCAGACUUCAACUUGCGGAACUUGAUGGCGGAGAAGAAAGUGAUGAUGAGCCAAUCAUGUCAUCUCGAGGACGCAAGGCAACAGCUACGAAAGGGAAGAAGGGGGCGGGAGCUGGUCGCAAAGCGCCUGCUAAAGGUCUCCAGUCGACUCCUGAAGUCAAGAGCAAUAUACCAUCUGACGCCAUCAGCACGUCCCAAGAUUCAACCAUAGAUGGUAUUUCAGGUGCUACAUCAACACCUCCUCCCGGCACCUUGACCCCAAUUACAUCAAAUAGCCAAGGACUUCCUGCCACUGGAAUCCAAAUGGAUGCCCUAGAGAUAGUGGGGUUUGUACCCGCGGCCCCUGCUUAUAACAGCGCUUUAUCUGGACUGGCUGUAGAAUUUGAAGAUCCUGAAUAUAAAAUAUGGAAGCAAGUUACGAAGAAAGAUCGUGCUCUUGUCGCUGCCGUGAGACACCGCCUUUUCAAAGGCGAUAGAUUAAAUUCCGAGGAGCCGGCUCUCCUUCGGACAAAAUCUGGAAUGAGACGGUGGCUUAAAAACCAGCAGGAGGCUUCAAUAGAGAACGAUAGACAGACAGAUUCUAGCUCCCAAAUGGUACAACCGGCAACUACCGCUGAAACUUUUGCUGAAGGUAUCGAAGAGGAAGAAGAGCAGAUGCUUCCAGAUUACUAUGAUCUUAUGUCGGCCGUCCCUGAUCUACCAGCGCAUUUACAGUGGAAAGAAGACUCUGAAGGGAAUGUGGUUGAGACCUCGGAAGAAUUCCUGAGGAUUCUUCCAAAGGGGUUGUUCACAGCACCCCCAAGUAAAUUUUCCAAGAGAAUAGAUGCAAACUUAAAGCAGACCCAGGAGACUAGAAAGAUCUGUUCAAAAAUAAGUAUUGUAAAGCAGAUGCAACAGCAAUCUCAGAUGUAUCAAAACCAAUUUCAGAAGUAUCAGCCAGAGCCACUUAUUGAGAAAGACGUGCUUCCACAUGUGAUGAAUGAUGAGGGGCCAGUUAUAAACCCUUGGGUUUGCAGAGCCGCUCUUCAACGCUCAGUUGCCAAGGUUCUUUACCAUACUGGGUUUGAGGAAUACCAGCCUUCGGCUUUGGAUGCUAUCACUGAUGUGGCGGCGGAUUUCUUUUCUAAAAUCGGGGCAACACUCAAAGGGUAUAUGGAGUGUCCAAAGGUUAUGGUAUCGGACGAAACAACGAAUCCAUCGUCAACAAAAUCACAAUGGAAGCUGCCUUAUACUCAAGAACAAAUGAUUCUCCACACACUCCAGUGCGUUGGGACGGAUGUCGAAACUCUUGAGUCAUAUGUCAAGGACGAUACUGAGCGCCAUGGCGCGAAAUUAGGUGUUAUCCAUGAACGCCUGAAAGGCCAUCUCGCAGAGUUGCUCCGACCAGCCCUCAAUGACAAUGCCGGCGAUGGGUCAAGUGCUUUCAAUGAUGGAAGUGAACAAUUUAUUGGAGGUGAUUUUGCUGAAGAUAUUGAUGAAGAUUUCUUUGGAUUUAAGGAACUUGGUUUGGACAAGGAAUUUGGCCUUUCAAGCAUGAGUGUGCCUUUACAUCUUCUCCAGAAUCGGAUGUACAACGCUCAUCAAGCCCAGAAUUUAAAUUCGUCUCAAACGACAUCCGCUCUAUUUCCUACCCCACCUGCCUACCCACGGAUCACAUUACAGACUCUCCCUCGGCACAUCGGCUUGGUUCAGAACUUCUUCUUGGCAAAAUUACACGCCAACAACGAUGAUGCACUUGUUGAAGAUUUGGAGUUGCCGCCAAAACAAAGACCAAACGCAGCAAGGCCUCGUAUUCCGGCAUCUGGCAAGAUUCCCCCACCAUCAGGUCAAACAAUAACCACCAGCCCUCAGAAACGACCGGCACCACCCUCAGCAAAUAUUGGCGCUGUGAAAUCUGGACUUUCUGAGCCGAAUAGGAAGAAGGCUAAGAAAAGCCAGAAUGUCCCGCUUGGUCUUCCUGGUAGGGAUGGCGCUGAUAGUGCGAAUACAGUUGGUUCUGCCAAUCAUGUCAAAGCAGCCGUCUCCUCGAAACUUAACGGCAUCAAGUCUCAUGAUGGCUCUAACGGCUACAAAGGAGAAAGCAACAAUGGCGGCCCUGAGAGAGCAGGAGAGGCGCUCAAUGGUAAUCAUGGGGACGAUGAUGCUAUGGACAUUGACGACAAUCAUGCUGCCGAUGGCAACUGGGCAGGCAAUUCUUCCACUGCGCCCGCUUCUAAUGCGGUCAGUGUAAAUGGCCAUGCCUAA